UUCCCAUUUGGGGCUCUUUGACAGGUGUGAAGAUUCUCAGCACAUUUAACUCAUUACAACCACUGAGAGACUUUUAAAUAGGACACUCUCCCUGUUUAUCCUCAGACAACAUGGCUGGAAAACUAGUAAUUCUACUGUGUGUGAUGCUUUGUGUCGCCUUUUCAGCCGCAGAAGAAGAGAUCUCUGGAAAUUACAGAAAUCCAUCUUGCGGCAUUAUGGAGGAGAUUAUGGCUUGCCCAAUGAACUUUGCUCCUGUGUGUGGCACCGAUGGCAACACGUACCCCAACGAGUGUGCACUCUGUGUCCAGAGACAAGUAACCAAAAUUGACAUUUUGGUCAUGAAGGAGCAGAGCUGUUAAGUGGAUCUGAAGUCACAAAACAAAGGACCACAUCAUCUCCAAAGUUAAUAAAGCAAUGUGCAAAUAAAGUGAUCUCAUUUAAUUUGGGUAUUCAACCACA